GCCGCGAACCUCAGUUCUCCUCCGCACACAGCAGCGCGUGUACGUACGUGCGCAACACCAGUGCCGAAACAAAACAAAAAACAAAAAAAAGAACAGUUGCAUUUUAUAACAAAAAUACGUGCUGUGCUCCAAAUAACAAAAAACCGCUGGAUUUUGUUUGACAUUCACGGUUACACGCGACGAAGAAGAGAUUUGAAAACUUCCGGCAGCUAUUUUCCAUAUAGAUCUCACGAUGAGGUGUUUGUGAUCUCAACAAGAAAGUGGGAGCGGCGAGUGCGCUGUCACCAUGACGUCAGAACGAGCGAUACCCCAUCUGCGGGACAUAUUCGGUCUCAGCCAACAAUACGACGGCAACUGUAAGAAUUUUGAUGAAAAUGAAGACACCACCAAAAAGACUAAGAAGAAAAAAGAUGACUAUCGCACGUACGGUAAUGGCGACGUCAAGACGCUAGAGAGACACCUCAGUAUGAAGAAGACUAUUAGGAAAAAGAUAAUGCGCGACCUUCAGCAAGCGUUCGUUGAAGACCCAAACGAGUUUAAGGUCGAGAAUACGAGCCCUGAGAAAUUGAAGGCAGAACUGAGCGCUGAAGCUGUUAAAAUCGAGAAGAACGUCCGCAAGAACGAUCCGACGUUCUUGGACAUGUUGAGGGGAGAGACGCGGACCGAGGAGACCAGGGAGGAGCAGCCACCCGCUGAGAAGACCAGCUUCUGGCGACGUCUAACUAUGAAGAACAAAAACAAGAGAUAAAAAUGAGGACUAAUGCCGUGUAUACAGUGUUCUUAGUGCGAGUUUUUUAACGUUCUCGAUAGCGUAAAAGUUAGCUCAUAUUUGUGUGGAAUGGGAUCGUUUGCGUUCGUUUACCGCUAGGGGUGCUGUUCCAACUGCAUACAAAAUUGGGUUAACUUUUACGCUAUCGAGAACGUUAAGAAACUCGCACUAAGCACACAGGUCGCUCUUUCAUAAGUCCGUUUCCUAUCGCAUAUCAAUUGUUUAUCAUCAAACUUUUUAAUAGUCCUCUAUACAAGAUAGGUUCUGCUCGAACUCUAAGUUAUUCUAACGAACUGGCUUGAAAGUUCUGCAAGUGUUAUUGAAGUCACGCCAAGACAACUUAUUUUUCCGUGUUCAGAUUUUUGAAAACUAAAAACGUUAAUUAUGCAAGUUAGCUAUGCACUGGGAAUAGAGCGACAUGUAACAUUUUUUUCUCGGCCAUUGUUACUUAUAACACUAAAAAUGAUAUCUCGUUCUAUGUGAUGUAACAUUAAGUCGACUAAAUAGAGUAAGAAUAUUGUUGUAAGAGCGUAGGUUAAGUAUUUCGUAAGCGGCGAUUGUAUAAGCUAGACUAUUGGCGAUUCCUUGUUGUGACAAUUUUUAUUAUAAUGCAAUAUAAAUAAUUUUACACAUUUAA